AUGUCGAAGAAGUACUACGAUAAGUUGCUGGGCGAAAUACAAAACCAGUCCAAGCCAGUGGAGUCAAAAUAUGGUUCCUAUAUUAUGCAGAAAUUUGGAUGGGCCAAGGGAAAGGGCCUCGGGAAACUCGAAAAUGGAGACGUGAGCAUCAUGAAAAUUAGGAAGUACGGGGAGCACGGGCUAGGAUAUGAAGAACGCCAAAAGAAUGAAGACGAGAAGGGAGGCAUGUGGUGGGAAGACAUGUAUAACAAUUGUGCCAAGAAAAUAAAUCAGGCCGGCAGUAAACCCUCCCACCCCACCGGCGAAGAAAAACCGGAAAAGAAAAAAAAUGAAAAUAUAAAAUAUUCCAUUUUUGUUAAAAAGAGCGACACUUCAUUAAAUUCAGGAAGUGAUAAAUGCGUGUCUUCCAACUGGGAAGACCAGGCAUCUACCCAUGACAACAAUUCUGAGAAGAAUGCCAAUUUAAAGGAGGGGGAGAAGAUUAAGGGAAGGUGCACAGAUCAUCCAAACGACAGUGAAACAGACAGUCAGAUAAAAUCCAGUGGGGCUGACCCCAACUGGAAAAUAAAAACCGGCAAUCAAUUAAACAAUAAGGUAGCUAUAAUAAGUAAGGUAAAGAAUUGGUCUAAAAAGAAGAAGAAAUGGAAAAAGCGAAAUAUGUGGGGGAAGUGCAGUGCGAAGUGGUAA